AUGGAAAAGGCAAUUAGUGAAAUCCGUCAGCUUCUUGGAGACGAUGGCAUUAGCACGGACGAUGAAGAUCUGAGAUCCCAUGGAUACUCUGAGUGGUCUUCUAUCAAUAUUGAUCGGCUCCCUACGGCCGUGGCAUUUCCAAAUUCAACGACAGACGUAGCCACUAUUGCGGAAAUAUGCUAUAAGUACAAGGUUCCUAUGAUUCCGUACUCGGGAGGAUCAAGCGUCGAGGGACAUUUUUCCGCAUCUUUUGGCGGCGUAAGUGUUGACUUCAUGAAUAUGAAUAACAUAGUGGAGUUUCACCCGGAGGACAUGGAUAUUGUUGUGCAGCCGUCAGUGUCGUGGAUGGACAUGAAUGACAAGAUCAAAGACAGUGGUCUUUUCUUUCCGGUCGACCCAGGCCCGCCGGCAAAAAUUGGAGGGAUGAUCGCAACAAACUGCAGUGGGACGAAUGCUGUUCGCUACGGGACUAUGAAAGAUUGGGUGGUCAAUCUGACAGUGGUGUUGGCAGAUGGACGUAUUCUCAAGACUCGGAAGCGCCCGCGAAAGUCAUCUGCAGGAUACAACCUGAACGGUCUCAUUACAGGUUCAGAGGGGACAUUAGGGUUCGUGACAGAAGCCACUUUGAAGCUCGCGCAUAUCCCGGAAGAAACAGGUGUUGCCGUGACCACAUUUCCAACUAUGAGAGAUGCUGCCAAGGCUGCCACGCAAGUCAUUCAUCAGGGUAUCCCAGUCGGGGCUGUUGAGCUCCUCGAUGAUGUGCAGAUGGAUGUCAUCAACCAGAUGGGUGGCACAGGCAGACAGUGGAAACCACUCCCGACUCUCUUUUUCAAAUUCAGUGGCACGAAGGCCGGCGUUAACGACAAUAUUGAAGGAGUCCGGCAGAUAGUUUAUCAGAAUCGCGGUGGUGAUUUUGAAAUCGAACAGGAUAAGGCAAAACAGGGUGCUUUGUGGUCUGCACGCAAAGAAGCCCUCUGGAGUAUGAUGUGUCUGAGAAAAUCAGGCAAUGAAGUAUGGUCCACGGAUGUUGCAGUCCCCUUGUCUAAAGUUCCAGACCUUGUCGAGGUAUCAAAGGAUGACCUCAAUAGAUUGGGUCUAUUUGGAAGUAUGCUCGGUCAUAUCGGUGACGGUAAUUUUCAUGAAACCGUCCUCUUCGAUGGAGAAAAAGAGCAUGAAAUGGUAACCGAGUGCGUGCACGCUAUGGUCUACCGGGCACUUGAGAUGGACGGCACUUGCACUGGCGAGCAUGGGGUCGGCCUUGGAAAAAAGACGUUUUUGGAGGAAGAAGUUGGCAAGGAAUCGCUGCAAGUUAUGAGAACCAUCAAGGCUGCAUUGGAUCCACGCUGGAUCAUGAAUCCGGGGAAAAUUCUCGACCCAUAGAUACAGUUAUGGAUUGAACAUACUCCGGUAUUGUACUCCGUACGUAAUAUAGCG